AUGAGCCUCAUGACAAAAACGCGUGUAGCACUGCAAUCGCCAUUUUGGCGACUGAAAGGCAUGCAAUUGAUGCGUUUCGAAUCAUUUUCCGUCACGAAACGCUCGCAUGAGCAAAUGAAUCCUUCUACAGCCUUGCCGUUUGAUGCCAUUCCCGGGCCGACUCCGCUUGAAAAUAUUGUAAGAUACAUAUGGGGAGGUGUUCGGGAUUACCAUGUUUUCCUCGAAAAGAACUUCCAAAAAUACGGUCCAAUUUUCAAGUAUGUGAUGCCUGGUGUGAAUGUGGUUCACGUUUGUGACCCAAAUGAUAUCGAGCGAGUGUUUCGCAAUGAAGGAUAUCCAGCAAGUCGUGGAGACUUACUCAAGUCAGCAACUUACUACCGCGAAAAGGGUCUUCCGACAUCAUUUAGUGGCCAAGACGAAAGUUGGCAUGUUCAUCGUUCUGCCUUUGCACCUAAACUCCUUCCACCUCGCGCGCUAAAGCCGUUUUUUGCAGAGCAGUGUAACGUGGCUGAUGAUACGAUUGUAAAUUUUAAGGAUGGACGAAAUCCAGAUAUUAGUGACCAAUUGGCGAAGUUGGCAAUGGAAAAUAUGGCAGUAAAGAUAUUCGGUGUACGUUUAGGACUUACUGGAGCAUCGCCUGACCCGAAUGCACGAGAAUUUACGGACGCAGUUUUCGGUCACUUCACCGCUCAGUCCAAGUUACUAUUUUCAAUUCCAUUUCACGAGUAUUUUAAGACACCGACCUUAAAAGAGCUUCAUCGUUGUCUUGACAAAGAAUUUGAAAUGACGGACCAUUUUAUUAAGAAUGCAAGUCAAAUGCGCACGCCAUUGCCGGCAUUGGCGAGUAAAUGUCUCGUGCACAGACUUGCUGAAGAGGACAAGAUUUCCCCAGAGGAAAUCUUUAUAAUCAGUGAAAGUGCUCUCUCGGGAGGUGUUCACACAACAUUCAGUUCCUUGAUUAUACUGCUGCACGCUCUCGGUAAACAGCCUGAAGCUCAACAAAAGAUUUACGAUGAAAUACAGCGCGUUCUACAAGGAAAAUAA